ACUUCUGGCUCAGUUUGCUCUUGCACGAUCUUAUGCGAGGUUACCCUUCGCAUCCCCUCUGGUAUACUCUAACUCCCUCCGCGACACCCUCCUCUUCAAUUUCCUUCUUCGCCUAGUCACCGUUUCAUCUUCAUCGUAUUUUUUCCCUCUAAAAAAAUCUCAUUGUAAGAAUUACUCGUAUUGCAAAAGACACAUUUUAUAAAAGCAGAAACCGAUUCCCGUGCUAUUUUUGGAGUAAAUUUAGUAAUUUGUUGUGAAUGGAUGAUGAUGACGACUACAAGAAAUUAUUGGAUGCUGUUAAUGUCAUUAUUGCUGAUAUUUGGAUGCAUUUCAGCAUUUUAGUUCAAGAGAAAAUGAAAGCAGUUAUACUUACGCAUCAGGAAGAAGUCAAGUUUCCCGAUUGUUUCGUUGUAGAAUCCCAGCAACUCAUCAUCAGAAGCAUCAACAUCCCUUCUGCUGUGAAGGUUGGCGAUGUCGAUCAUGUGAUCCUCGACUGCGACUACGCUCUGGAAAACACUUCGAGCCAAGGGUUAGUGGUCAAGUGGUUCUUCAACGACAACCGAGUAGUCUACCAGUGGAUCCACGGCAGAAGUCCCUUAGUCCCGGCUGACGAGCCGGCCGCGAAAUACAUCGAUUUAACGUACAAGGCCAGCGAUGAUCCUUUCACCGAGUAUCGAGCCAUGAAGCUAGAUAAACCAGGAAUUGAAUUAAGUGGUGAUUAUAUGUGUGUGAUAUCGACAUUUGAGGACGAACGGGCAGCAAACGCCUCUAUGGUGAUCUACUCAACAGGACAAAAAUUCGACUUCGAAUACCAAAAAAAGAGUAUAGAUAAUAAAGAUGGUGUGGAAGCAAUGUGUAAAGCAGAAGGUCUUUAUCCUCAGCCGACUCUUGAUAUCUCAAUCAAGGAUAUUCCAGAAAAGAAAACUUCGAAACCCACAGUGACGCUCCGCGAAGAUGGAUUGUAUAAUAUUUUAUCACGAGUAGACUUUCUAGACGAAGAACUACCAGAAGCUGCAGAGCUCAAAUGCAUCCUUGACAUCCCGAGGACAAAUUACAGUAUGACCCGAAAAACCAUUUACUAUUCUGGAACGGCUACUACUACAUCUGUUACAACCAUACCACAGCAUAAAAUGGAUAUCCAGGCCCUAGACAGCUCAAAGGCCAGUAAUGGUGGUGGCAACUUCGUCGACCGUGCAUCGAUUAAUCUUAUCCUGUUACCGAUACUUCUGGCUAUUUUCAUUCUGUUUCAUUAAUAAUACAAUCGAUAGGUAAGUUUAAACUGAUGUUGGGUUUGACUGGUACCUCUAUGAUUUUAAGAAAAAAUUGAUCCUAAAUUACAGUUUCUCUCUCUCUCUCUCUCUCUCUCUCUCUCUCUCUCUCUU